CGGUUCUUCUCCUCCCUGUGUGAAGUCUGUUUCACCUUUCCCUUCUCUCGGGCAUAGGGACUCUUUUCCUCCCUCUUCCUUUCCCUGGCGGAGACGACUGGGCGAGCGGCGGCGCCAUCUCUCCUGUCUUCGCCCAGCCCUUCGCCGGCGACGAGCGUAUCCUCCAGGUUCAUUUUGGAGUCUAGGUGAGUAUCUGCAUCAAAGAUAUCAUGAGCACUGUCAGCGGCACAAGGCGUACCCCGAGGAGACAGACCCAAGAUGGGUUAGCUGGUAAAGUAGUGGUGAACUUGGAAGGUAGCCCUCAUGGAGUACCAGCUACUGUUGCUGGUGCACAAAACUCACCUAUUGAUGUGGAAGCCAUUGAAGAUGAAGUGCAGGCAAUAUCGCCCUCACGAGUGCCCCCUCCAAGGAACAGGAGAACCAGGAGGCGACCUGUAACAGUAGUUGACUUGGAGGUGGAAGGUGUCCAGGAAGGGAACAAACGGCAGAGGGUUGUACCUGUAGAUUACCUCUCUCAACAUAAGGGAGAAGGGUCUAGCUUUCAGUCAAAUAAGGAGGUUUCCAAGGAACCAAUUUUUAACUGCCCAAUAUGUUGGAACAAGAUGGAGGAUCCCUCCACAACGUCUUGUGGCCAUAUCUUCUGCAGCACGUGCAUCAAGCAAGCCAUCAAGGUUCAGAAGAAAUGUCCAACGUGCAGGAAGGGCCUGAGAGCAAAUAGUAUCCAUCGGAUUUACCUUCCAAGCACUGCUAGUUAAGAUACAUAUAGGAAAUAUUAUGUAUCUAGAAAAGCCAAAAUGAUCUAGGAGGGGGAGUAAUUUUGGAGCAAAUCGCUGAACUUCAUCAUCGCCCAAUACAGGUCCAUUGGCUGUCAAAGAAACUUCUGGUACUAUAAGGCUGGGCAAUCAGGAUCAGAAGUUUGGGGUGAACAGUUGAUGGUUUUCACCCUAGCUUGUAUGUAGCUGCAGCGACAGAGCUCAUCAGCUCAUUGCGAUAACUUCCUGACAAGGGAAGUGGAUAGCUUCAGUUUUUACUCAUCUUUUAUUGCACCUUACAACUUGAGAUGCUGUUGUGUUGUAUGUAUUGGGUAUUAGGCUUAGUUGAUCAGUGUAACUGGGAUUUGCUUCAAUCUGAAAUGAUAAUAGUCUGUUGCAAGAUUUAGCAUUUAUGUAUGCUUUCUCUUCUUGCUGUACUCCA